AAAGGCGAUCGUUCGUUCCCGGCGCUUGCCAGCUCGGCGGACACCGAAAAGGCGAUGGCUGUGGCGCGCGUCCUCGAGUGGCUCUUCGCCUUCUACUUCCUCGCUCAUAUCCCGAUCACUUUACUCUUCGAUCUGCAGGCGUUGCUGCCUGGGCUUUACCCUUCCGCCCUGACCGAUAUGUUGACCUGGUACAAAACUACAUUCAAGGAUUCAUUGGUGGCAAACCCAGAACCCUGGUUCCGGUCUUUCCUGUACUUUGAAGCUUUUCCACAAUUAUUUUUCUUUCCCGUUGCUGCCUAUGCCUUCUGGAAAGGGAGCUGCAAGUGGAUCCGGAUUCCUGUGAUUAUCUACACAACGCACGUAACUACAACGGUGGUUCCUUGCUUGGCCCAAAUCCUGUUUGCUGAUUUCUCCAACGCGAAAGUCCCGGGUCCACAGAGUUUGCAGGAACGCCUGACCCUGGCUGCUUUCUACGCUCCUUACUUAGCAAUUCCCCUUGUGAUGUUGCUUUUUGUACUGUUCAGCUCUGCUUAUAAGCCAGUUGAAAAAAAGAAGAAGAAAUAAAACCUUUGGCCUUUCUCCUUUGGGGAGGAAGAUGUGCCAAUGAAAUCGAGGAAAA